UUAGAUUACAUAGAAAACAGAGAGAUUUCUUCUUCUUUUAUCAGUGUGCUUAGGAGUGAAAAAUCAAACACUCUCUCCCCCAAAAAAUAUAUAUAAAAAAAAUCCAAAUCCCAUUGCAGAACAGAAGCUACCCAAGCCCAAGACAGAGCGAAAGCUAGCAAAGACGCAAGAAAUCUUGUUUCUUUGCUUUUAUUCUCAGAAGCUUAAAGCCCCAUUUCAGGCAGAGGAGAGAAGAGGAAUGUUUGCUGCAGAAAACGGACUCAAAGGAGACCCCAGGCUACAAGGCAUAUCCGAAGCUAUUCGGGUGGUGCCUGACUUUCCCAAGCCAGGGAUAAUGUUUCAAGAUAUAACAACUUUGUUUCUGGAUCACAAGGUGUUUAAAGACACAGUGGAUAUAUUUGUUGAUCGCUACAGAGACAUGGGCAUUUCUGUUGUUGCUGGAAUUGAAGCUAGAGGGUUCAUGUUUGGUCCAUCAAUUGCCUUAGCCAUUGGUGCAAAGUUUGUUCCUCUAAGAAAACCCGGAAAGCUGCCAGGUUCAGUAAUAUCAGAAGGGUACGUGCUGGAAUAUGGAACUGACUGUCUAGAAAUGCAUGUUGAUGCUGUUCAGCCUGAGGAACGUGCAUUGGUAAUUGAUGAUUUGAUAGCUACAGGAGGGACCCUUUCAGCUGCAAUAAGACUUCUGGAACGUAUGGGGGCUGAAGUUGUCGAAUGUGCAUGUGUUAUUGGCUUGCCAGAGGUCAAGGGGCAGCGCAGGCUCAAUGGAAAGCCACUUUAUAUCCUUGUGGAGCCACGAGAUAUAGAUGGAUAUCAAGAAAUGUGAGAAUGAAUAUGCUUGUGCUGAUUUGCAGAAAGAGAUGAUGCUCGAGCAAUAGGGUCAAAUGAUAAUGUUAAUAUGCCAUCUAUGAUGUGUUGUCCUAUCUUUCCAAUAUGAAAUUUCUCAGGAAUUGGGCGUUUGUGCUCAUUAUGCUAUGUAGAACAACCUAAAUAUUUCAUUUCUUAAGUUUUGUUUUUCUUUUAAAAAAAAAAAAAAAUCUCAUGCAACUUCUAAAUUGUCUUCAA